AUGGAGAAUCAAGAGACUGAAGCAACUGAUAAGAGGGUAAAAAAAGAAAUAAAAUCAAUAAGAAUCAAGAGACUGAAGCAUGUAUAUGUAUCUCUCGUUAAGGUAGCGUCUUCAACAAAAGUCACCCGUUCUUACCUCAAAUAUGGACUGAGGAAUUAUGUAAAACAAGGAGAGAAUGCAGACCUUAGGAGGAGGCUUGAACGGCGGAGUAAUGAGAGCAGAGGGACAGUUGCUUACACAACCAUAGGCGAGGAGAAGGAGAAUAAAGAUUAUGCAAAAUUUAGGAACGCAGAUUUGAGCCUAUUUGAUGAGAAAUAUGCCUUUUUGUUUCGGGAUUCCGUUGCCGUUGGAGAUCAGACUAUGACUCCAUUACAGUUUCAAAACAAUAGCAAUCCAAACGGAGAAAAUGUGGAAGGCAAAGGAGAUAGUGAUGAUAUCAAUUUAGAUGAUGAUGUUGAGUCGCUUUUUCCUAGUUUCCAUGAAAGUAGUUCAAGUGGGACACACGUUAGGGCAUCAGUUCCACAAAACGAGGAAGCGAAGUACAUUGGUCGAAAGGGAUAUGCAACACAAAAUAUAAUGGUUGUUUGUGAUUUUAACAUGUGUUUUACAUUUGUAUGGGCCGGUUGGGAGGGGACUGCACAUGACACAAGAAUUUUUAAUGAAGCCCUACAGAGACCAGAUCUUAAUUUUCCAUAUCCAACUGGUGAUAAAUAUUACAUUGUUGAUGCCGGAUAUCCAAAUACUAGAGGGUAUCUUGCUCCAUACAAAGGCACAAAUAUUCGUUAUCAUUUACCGGAUUUUCGACGUGGACACUCGGCUGCUGUUCGUGAACCUCGUGGACCGAAAGAGAAAUUUAACUAUCUCCACUCAUCAUUGCAGAAUAUCAUUGAACGAACUUUUGGAGUGUGGAAAGCUAGGUGGGCGUUAUUAAGAGACAUGCAUGUUAAUUACAAAUAUAAGAACAAAUUUAAAAUUGUGAUAGCACCGAUGGCGAUCCAUAACUAUAUUAGAAAGUUUGGUAGGUUUGAUGAAGCGUUUAAUAGGGCACAACAAGAAUCCUACAAUCUCAUACGAAGUGAUACUAGUAGUGAAGUUUACGAAGAAGGUCCAAGUACACGUCACACGCGUGGUGAUGAUUUAUAUAUAUGGCAGUGA